AAAAAUAUUCAGUUCAGAGGCUUCAGAGUGCAGUCACUGAGCUUUUGUUCAGGAGGAGGGGUGAAGUUCAAUUCCUUCUGUAAGAUGUCUCGAUUUCUGCUUCGCUUUAUUCCUUUGAUUUCUAAUGGAACUGCAGCAAAAUUGGUAUUCUCUAAGAAGAGAUUUAUACUGAUCCGACCACUUUGCACAACAACAGAUCUUUUAUCAUUAACCAGACAUGAUGAGUCUAUAGACUGGCAGAAGAAACUCACUCCAGAGCAGUAUGUGGUCACCAGAGAGAAAGGCACAGAAGUGCCGUUCAGUGGAAUAUACUUAAACCACAGUGAAGUGGGGAUGUAUCAUUGUGUUUGCUGUGACGCACCGCUCUUCCGAUCAGAAUCAAAAUACGACUCUGGAACCGGCUGGCCCUCAUUUUUCGAGGCUCAUAGGACGUGGGAGAGAGACGAGAGUCACUCUAGCAUUGUGCGCCGUCCUGAUAACUCACUCGGAAGCAUAGGAACAGAAGUUCUCUGCAAGCAAUGUGAUGCCCAUCUUGGUCAUGUAUUUGAUGAUGGACCUGAACCAACUGGCAAGAGAUUCUGCAUAAACAGUGUUGCUCUGAACUUCAAACCCAGAGAAAACUAACACAUACAUCUGACACAAUCCCACAAAGACGUUUCCCUGGAGGGGAUAUAAAUAUACAUCCAGGCUGUGAGCUCUCAGAAGCUUGGAAAAUCUUCUGUGUCACUGUUUAUCUAAAUGUACUGGGUGUCGUCUUUUAUGCUGAUAUCCAAAAAAAAAAAAAGAGCAAGCUUGUUUCAUUUUCUGUAUUAUGUACUGUGCUUUCUCUUUCUAUAUUCUCUGUACUGUUAGUGCAUUGAUAAACAAUGCUGCUUCAAAUAUGUGCUUGUACAGUUAUUUGUGCAGACACAAUUUAAUAAAGCAUUUAACUCUGA